GCGGCGCUUGUUGUUCAGCGGCGGCGGCCGAGCUCGGGUGCAUCCUCGGGCCCGCCGCCGCCGCCGGAGCGCUCGGCCAUGGAGUUAGAGGUGCCGGACGAGGCGGAGAGCGCCGAAGCGGGGGCCGUGACGGCGGAGGCAGCCUGGUCUGCGGAGAGUGGGGCGGCGGCAGGUAUGACCCAGAAGAAGGCUGGCCUUGCAGAGGCUCCCUUGGUGACAGGGCAGCCAGGCCCUGGCCAUGGGAAGAAGUUGGGCCAUCGGGGCGUGGAUGCAUCUGGAGAGACUACGUAUAAGAAGACCACCUCCUCCACACUGAAGGGUGCCAUCCAGCUGGGGAUCGGGUACACGGUGGGCAACCUCAGCUCCAAGCCGGAGCGCGACGUGCUCAUGCAGGACUUCUACGUGGUGGAGAGCAUCUUCUUUCCCAGCGAAGGGAGCAACCUCACCCCUGCCCACCACUUCCAGGAUUUCCGCUUCAAGACCUAUGCACCCGUUGCCUUCCGCUACUUCCGGGAGCUCUUUGGCAUCCGUCCGGAUGAUUACUUGUACUCGUUGUGCAAUGAGCCACUCAUCGAGCUCUCCAACCCUGGCGCCAGCGGCUCUGUCUUUUAUGUCACCAGCGACGAUGAGUUCAUCAUCAAGACUGUCAUGCACAAGGAGGCUGAGUUCCUGCAGAAACUGCUGCCCGGCUACUACAUGAACCUCAACCAGAACCCACGGACACUGCUGCCCAAGUUCUACGGGCUGUACUGUGUGCAGUCUGGCGGCAAGAACAUCCGCGUGGUGGUCAUGAACAACGUGUUGCCGCGUGUCGUCAAGAUGCACCUCAAGUUCGACCUCAAGGGCUCCACGUACAAGCGCAGGGCCAGCAAGAAGGAGAAGGAGAAGAGCCUGCCCACCUACAAGGACCUGGACUUCAUGCAGGACAUGCCCGAGGGGCUGCUGCUGGACGCCGACACCUUCGGCGCCCUGGUCAAGACGCUGCAGCGAGAUUGCCUGGUGUUAGAGAGUUUCAAGAUAAUGGACUACAGCCUGCUGCUGGGCGUGCACAAUAUUGAUCAGCAGGAGCGGGAGCGCCAGGCCGAGGGCGCCCAGAGCAAGGCGGACGAGAAGCGGCCCAUGGCCCAGAAGGCUCUGUAUUCCACAGCCAUGGAGUCCAUCCAGGGCGGAGCUGCCCGUGGGGAGGCCAUUGAGACAGAUGACACGAUGGGUGGGAUCCCGGCAGUGAACGGGCGUGGGGAGCGGCUGCUCCUACACAUUGGAAUCAUCGACAUUCUGCAGUCCUACAGGUUCAUCAAAAAGUUAGAACACACCUGGAAGGCCCUCGUCCAUGAUGGGGACACCGUCUCUGUCCACCGGCCCAGCUUCUAUGCGGAGCGCUUCUUCAAGUUUAUGAGCAGCACAGUCUUCCGGAAGAGUUCCUCCUUAAAGUCCUCUCCAUCCAAGAAAGGGCGUGGUGCCCUGCUGGCUGUCAAACCCCUGGGGCCCACUGCCGCCUUCUCAGCCAGCCAGAUCCCCAGCGAGAGAGAAGAUGUGCAGUACGACCUCCGGGGCGCCCGUAGCUACCCCACGCUGGAGGAUGAAGGCCGGCCUGACCUCCUGCCCUGCACCCCGCCAUCCUUUGAGGAAGCCACCACAGCCUCUAUCGCCACCACCCUGUCAUCCACCUCCCUCUCCAUCCCAGAGCGGUCCCCGUCAGACACGUCAGAGCAGCCCCGGUACAGGCGGCGUACGCAGUCUUCAGGCCAGGAUGGCCGGCCCCAAGAGGAGCUCCAUGCAGAAGACCUGCAGAAGAUAACUGUGCAGGUGGAGCCCGUGUGCGCUGUGGGGGUUGUGGUAUCCAAGGAGCAGGGUACAGGAGAGGAGGUCCCCCCACCGGGGGCAUCGGCUGCCGCCACUGUGGAGGUGGACGCUGCCAGCCAGGCCUCAGAGCCUGCCAGCCAGGCCUCAGAUGAGGAGGACGCGCCCUCUACAGACAUCUAUUUUUUCGCCCAUGGGAGAUACUGGCUUUUCUCUCCCCGUCGUCGCCAACUGCAGGCCGUGACUCCAAACCACACAGGCGCUCCCACCGACGAGAGGAGCUGGGUGUACUCCCCGCUUCACUAUAGCGCGCGGCCCGCCUCCGACGGCGAGAGCGACACAUAACUUCUAUGCAGUCCCCAAUCUGGAGCCCAGUGUCCUUCUGCCACCCCAGCCACUUCCUGGAGGCACUGCCCCCACUGGGGCUCAGAGCUCAGCGACAUCACCCUGAUGCCCUGGCCGGACCUUGUUCUCCCCCUCCCCACUGACGGACGCCACUGGUCAGGCCCAGACCCAGGAUAGCUUAGGCCGCCAUCUGCUGCUACCUGUGCCUGUUGGGGCGGCAAGAUUUGGGAGUGCCCAUCCUGUGUUUAUUUCGGGUCUUUUUUUUUCCUUUGGACGGAGAGGGAGCACAGGAGUGAUUUUCUAGGAAAAAGACAAGACAGAAAACCCAGGAAGAGGCUGCAGCCACCAACCUUGGUGAAUCAGGCUCUGCAUGUCUCACUGCUCUGGGGACAGUAAAGCCCACACACUCCAGGGCUAUUGUUGUCUCAGACCUGCAGAGGCCUCCACGUGCAGUCCCAGGGUGUCUCAAGAGAGCCCCUCCAUCACCUCAGGCUUGGGACCCGAGGAAACCAAGACUAGUCAUGCCCUGUGGUCUUUCUGAUCUGUUUACUGCCACUGGAAGGGUGUCCCCAUGCAUGAAUGUCUUGUGGCUACAAUCACCUGAUGCGGACUGGAAGGAACCAUAUUGUCUGCCUCUUACCCCCAUGAAGCCCUGAGCUGGUGCUGUGGGUCCCCUCAACAACUAGGGAAUUCUCUGCCCCAAGAAGGCCACAGCCAGGCUUCAGGCUGCCGACUGAGAGCUGGGUCUUGAGACGCCCUGGCUGAAGAAAAUAAGGGAGAAAGUGACAUCACUUUAGCAAAGCCAACUGUGUCCACCACACCAGGGAGAUUGCAGCCAGCAGUCUCCCUGGGCAGACCCCAGUGUGUUGGGUACAGUCCAGUCAAGCCAGGCCCUGCUUCAUGGUCGCUUCACCCACGGAGUGCUGGGAGGACUCAAGCCGAGAUGUUCUGACCGCCUGCAGCUCCGGGACACUGCUCUUGGGCCAGCCGCACAGGCCUCUUGGGAUGCACCUUCAGGGAUAGAGGUCGACCUGGCUGGCUUCCAAGGACUGCAGCAGCCUGUGGAGGCAGUAAGGAGCUUGACAACAUCAUCAUGGCCAGGGAGAGGACUCGUGCUGGGCGGCAGGGCCAACAGUAGGAGAGAUGGACAGAUGCUUGUCCCUGGCCCUCAAGUCAGUCCCCUUCCUGUUGUGGAAUGCACUGGUGAGCUGCUGCGGGAGUUCAUUCAGGGGCUGCAAAGGCCUAUCACGCCUGACAUCCCGGCACUUGGAAAGUUAAGGCAAGAGGAUUGUGGCAAGUUCCAGGCUAGCCUGGGUUACAGAGUAAAACGAGACCAAAAGAAAAAACUCCCAGGGCUGGCCCUGCCACUCUGGGCAGAGCUCAGCCAGCUGCAUAACCCCUGAGUUCCAUUCCAGCAACACAGAAACCAGGUGGGGUGGCACACAGCUGCAGUCCGUCACUUGGGAAGCAGAGGCAGAAAGCGGGGGUGCAAGGUCAUCCUUGGCAGUAACCAGUGGGAGGCCAGCCUGGGCUGCAGGAGACCUUCUCAAAAGAGAAUCUGUAAAUAUCUUUGUGACUCCCCAUCCUGUUCUCUCCAGUGGCCACUAUCGCCCCCCCGUGGACGGCGUGUGAACUGUACUGUAAGGCUUGGGGGGCGCCUCCAAGGUGCCCUCCCCGGCCCGCCUCUGUUCUCCUCAAGCCAUCCCAGCAAGUCCCCUGUCCAGCCCCACAACCAACCUCAGUGCAAUAUGCCCUUCCCGUGGGGUCCCUUGGCACGGUACUGUCUCUGCAGCCCCUUGUCUCACCCCUAGCUCCUCUCUCCGGUGGUUAAAACGCCCAUCGCACCCCCCCCCCCAUCCUGUUUUUAUUGUUGAAUCCAUUCUGUAAACUACAAACCUCGUGUGUCUUACUCAUCAGGACUUGGGAUCCCGGGUCAGCCCAUGUGCUCUGGUGUUUGACAAUCCAAGUACAGUGUCUCCUUGUCCAACCGAGGGGCCUGUUCCUCCAGCACAGCUGGCAAAUGUAUGCAGCCCAGGUCCCCGCCCCACCUGUCAGCCCCUCUUUUUGAGAUCUGUAUUAAAUCUCUAAUAAGAAACAA